GCUCUGGAAGCAACACUUUUGAAUUGUUUUUUAAUUUAAUAAAAUAAAAAAGCAUUUUUAUAUUUUUUCUGACAGAAAAAUGCCAAAACGAGUACUUAAACAUCAUUUAGAAAAAGCUGCAAAAUGUCGGAGGAAAAGUGUGUAUGUAGAAGAUACCUCACGGAUUUCUGGCAAUAUAGAGAACGAAGAUGAGGACAAACCAAAUGAUCCAGACAAGAAACCCAUAAAACACAUGCAGUAUUUAAGAACCAACCAAAAUAAUGAAGUUGAACGUUUACUACUGCAUAAUGCCAAAGGUUUACUUUUUCACGUCGACCAUUGUGAUUUCCCCGCCUUUAAUGUGGGCAUGUGGCCACAAGAAAAUAUUGAUAUGUUAACGAACUAUCCACAAUGUGCCUUUAAUCCACCACGACCCAUAUUUGUGGCCGAUAAGAUGUGUGAAAAAAAUGAUCUUUGCUAUAGGAGACCCAUGAAUUUUGAAUUCUAUAAUAUACGUAUGAGACACAGCCGUACUAGAUAUAAGACAGCAUUGAAGAGUAAUAAAGCUAUAAGGAGUAGUAGCAAAUAUGGUUUUUAUCAUUCCACGUUAUUUGACAUCGCUGAGCGUUUUUAUUUAAACCCGGAUCAAUAUUUCCAAAGCAGUUAUGAUUACUAUUAUACGGGUGGCAAUUUGAACCAUUUAGCAAAUAAGGAACAUGUUGUACAUGCUGGAGGGGAACAGUUGCGGAAAAUGAUGGUCAGUGAAUUUCCUGAUGUACAAGAAAAUAAUGAUACCUAUUCCCUGAAAAACAUUGCCUCUCAGAAAUUAAAUGAAAAUUGUGAAAUAUUUGAAGUUCAGCCACUUCUAACAUCACACGACUCUAGUCGGUCAAAUUGUUAUAUAGCACGUCAACGAAAUCUAAUAACAUUCAAUUAUCUUAACGAUAAUAGACAAAUUAAAACGGUUACACAAUUUCGUACGAAGACAACGCCAUUUAUUAGUUUUGCACAAUCACAGCAUAAUAUUAAUAAAUUUGUUAUAACAACCAUGAAACAGCAUGUACGUUUGUAUGAUUUAAAUACCACUGCGCCGGCUUUAGUAAAACUAUAUGAAAUUGCACCGAAAUCUACAGAUAUUUCUUGGAACACCAUUAAACCCUGGCGAGAAAAUACAUUUAUGUAUGCCAAUCAAAAACAAUUUUUUAUGAUCGACAUACGCACCUCUCCAGACCAAUGGUUAAGUGACGUUACUGCAGCUACCGACAGUUUUAUGUGUGAUCAUAUUUCUGCUCUUCUGCCAAGUGAUUUUAAUAAUUUAUUCUAUGUUGCCACGAAUCAUAAGCUACAAUGUAUGGAUAUUAGACAUCUAAAGAAAUUUUCAUUUAGUGAAACUUAUGGUUCAAUAUGUCGUUGGUCUCAUCAGUUACGUUAUGCCCCGCUAAUGAUGGAUACACUCCGUAUACGUCAAAAUGAAUAUAUAGCUUUAUCUUCACCUAUUGCGGGAGAUUUACACAUCUGCCAACUAUCCAGAGAACGUAAUGAAGAAGAAAUUAAUUUGGAAAUAUCGGUGCCUGCACCCAAACACAUCUAUAGUUCAUCUUGUCUACCGUAUCAACCACCUACACUUCUUGAAUCAUAUGAGCAUGCUAGAAUAUCGGGUAAAUGUUUAAGACCCGAGGCUAAUUUGGAAGCACGACUUAAAUGCUGUACCACAGGAUUGAAAUUUAUUCGCAAAUCUUUAAACAACACAGAAACAGGUAUUGGUUUGCUGUUGACAUCCAAUUCGAAUGGAGACAUAUUUGCACAUACUUUAUGUAAACGUGAGAACAUGGAUACUGAGGAACGUUGUAAUAGACAGAGUGAUGAAAUCAUGGAUAAAUUUGAAAAGCAAAUAUUUGCUCAAACUAAACUGCCUCUAAACUAUACCGAAAUAAAAGAAAUGAAAGGUUUACGCAAAAUAUUACUUUGUCAAACAUUGUCUUCUGUUAAGAAAUUCGAUAUAGAUGCUAUGGAAAAUGAAUAUACGGCCGAUGCACCCGCAAGAACUAACAACCAAACAAAUCCUCCAGCACAGCCUCGUUCUAAACGUUUGCAUUUGGGUCGAUGGCAAAAAUCGUUAUCCACUUUACACUCCUACAAAGAUGCUUUAGUUAAAGAUCUUUUAUCCAUUUGGGAUAUUGAUAUGGAAGAAGAAAAACACAUACGUUUAGGCAAUUUGCGCAAUAUCAAACCCGAUCCCGCUGUUAAAGUUGAAAAUUGGCUUAAAACAAAUAUUAAUCCAAAUCCUCCUCCAAUGAUAGCAAUACCCCAAACACAAGAUUUUUCAAGAUAUACUGAAAAUAUUGAUGAUGGUAUGUUCAAUAUUACACAAACUCAGGACAAUACCAUCGACUUUGAAAAUGUUAUACAAUCGACUCAAAUCAUGGAUACCAGUGAUAUUAAUCUAACGAAAACGUUUGAUAGAUCUAGUCUUGAGAUACGCAUAAAUAAUGAAACAACAACGACUGUGGUCGAAAAGCUUAAAAGCAAAAAGAAAAAUAAGAAAUACGUUAAAGGUUUCUAAGACUGAUACGACACACGUAUUUAGAUUUAUGUAUAAAAUGUUUUUGAUUUAAAUUAUUUGCAUUUAAUAACUAUUACAAAUUAAUAAUUAAAUUUACAUUUGUUAAA